AAAGAAGGCUAGUAUUGCCAAAUCAAAAAGCUAGUGAGGCAAAUGAAGGUCAGAGGUGACCUUUGAGGUAAGUAAGGCCAGGGCAUUGUGGUUCAACAAAGGCUGGUGGACUAGUCCUAGUAAGGCUGAAAGGGCAGGUUAGAGCAAGGGAGGUCGAGGGUGGAGGAUGGGGCCAGCAAAGGUUAAUUAGGUGUAAGGGACUCUGAUCGCUGUGGUGGAGACUGUGAAGACUAAUAAGACCAAGGCAUGUGCAGCUAAGGAUCACAAGAUCAGAUCAUUGCUAGGGAAGAUUAGUGAACCAUGUCAAGUCAAGGAAUCGCUAAUAAGCAAAGGCACGGCAGGGGACAUUUAUUGGAUCUACAUGGGACUGGGAAACAUUUAAGGCAAGUUGUUAUGUCUUUCAAAUUUGUAGCUGGAGCUAAGCAUCAUGAAAUUGUAUCCCAAUAUGCAAACAUUCAAAUUCAUCUUUCUAAUAACUUAUAUUUUUUCUCCACAGGAAUACAGACAAAGCCCCUGUUCAGCAAUGCAGUCCUACAAGACUGGCUAAGAAAAUGCAAAGAUCACCUUUAGCAAAAUCAAUGUUGGCAUGGGAUAACGAACUGAAAUAUUUACAGUUUCUCAGAGAAGUAACAGAUGAUAUAUUGAUCAGAGGUUAUCAUUCCAACAAGAUGCUGGAAAAUGUUUUCAAAAGACACAUUGAAAGAAACAAAUACCACCUUAAUGAGGAUAAGCUGAACAACAUUCUCCAAAACCUGAGAGAUGAACUGCAAGCAGAUCCAAUCAUCAGCUCUCCAGAACAAGGAUCCAAUCCUCUUUGAAGAUGUUUGGAGAAAAAUGUGAAUACAGAAUGAGAACCUGGGCUUAACUAAAAUUGAAUGCAGUGCAAUUCAAGCAACUAUUCCUGCCAUUAAAAAAUAUUAACAUUUGGACAAACACUCAAAUACAUUGAACUAAACACUCAAUUCAAAUAAGCAAACCACUUAAUUUAGUGGCCCAUCCUAAUGCCCCAGCCAUUCGUCUCCUUUCAAAUGUAUGGAGUUGCCGUUUCCGAUUUGCUUCAUUUUAGGAAGAAACGACAAUGUAGGUGCUGGGGAAAUACCAACAACUUUGUGCCCUGUCACUGAACCCCGACAUCAGAAUAUAGUUUUGCAGACAUAAAUAGGAAUUCCGAACCUUAAUGUAGAUGCUUAGAAGGAAUUACCAGCAUCUUAAUGCAGAAAGUGUUGCAUUUCCCCACAAAGUACAGGCUAUUGUGUAUGUUUCUACCAAACUCUUACAAGCAUACAAUUGACAUUCUACAGUUGGUCAAAUCUCAAGCCAAACCCCAAUAUGCAAAUGCUGUUGCAAUUAGUAUCACUAUGCAUUCUGCUGCUCAAUAUCUGGAUAGAACAGUGCAACCUAUGCAUGCAAAAACAGAAUCUCCUCAGAAUACAAAACAGAUGUGUUCUCUUCAAUUUAUUUGUCCAUCCCAAAGGUCAGAAGACAAGUAAUACUUGAGUACCCACUGAGUUACUCCAGCAUUUUGUGUAAUACUUUAGUCGGAAGAAUACACAUUUUUAACCUGCCAUUGUUUUUAAUACAUAAAUACCAGAUAUUUCUCACCUUAAUCCAAAAAACAAGCAGUUGCUACAAGCUUUGAAUCGUGCCAAUUGCUUGGCGAGGUGUGAAAGUAUUGCACAAGAUAUUGCAGUCAGCAACACACCUACAUUACUGACUUUGAUUUAAGAAAAAUCCAGGCUUGCUUUCAAUAAUUUUUGCUGUAGGAACGUACAGGAAAAGCUACUAGAAUCCUUGAUGCAUUAACCCACGGAUGUAAGAAUAUUCUCACAUCAGUGCUCAAAGUGAGCAUUGCUCAGGAAACAAAAGAUCCUAACAGCAGGUUAAUUUCCAGAACCAGAUUUAGCACAAGUUGCUAGCGUCUAAAUGUCUCAAUUUUUCACAUUUUUUUUAUGAUGCAUUUGCUUCUGUUUUUCAAAAAAUGUAAAAACCUAAAAACAUUUCAACCAUUUUAAACAAUGGUGAAACUGUCUAAAUUGGUCAAUAUUUAUUUUGAGUCCCUCUGUGCACGUCUGGUCUCCAUCUCAACCACUCCGAGCUUGCGGUCUGUCCUUCGAAUUCUAGAUCUGUCUGUUCCUGCAGGGCACUUGGAAAGCAACUAAUAGAAAGAAAAUAUUAUUUUUCUGAAAAUGUGUCUGUCCUGCACAAUCGUAUCCAUUUAAUACAGUGGAUAUGCAAUGCCUAUACUUCAUCUCACAUGUAAUGAUUUUGAGUGGAACACCCUCAGUAAGUGUAGGAAGGAACUGGUUUAAUGAUGCUGGUUU